AUGGAAUUGAUUCAAAACCAAACCCCUGAAAAAGCUUUUGACAAAAGAAUGUUCUUAAAAGUACAAGAUCGUUACAGAUCUCUCGCUCCCUCCAUCUCGGGACUCGCCUGUAUCUACUCGGCGCUCAUCCUGCAGGACGAUGAAGUCACCGUCACGGAGGACAAAAUCAACACCCUGAUCAAAGCGGCCGUCGUCAACGUGGAGCCCUCUGGCCGGCCUGUUUGCCAAGCCCUGGCCAAUGUCAACAUUGGGAGUCUGAUCUGCAAUGUGGGGGCUGAUGGACCUGCCCCAGCACCAGGUGCUGCCUCUGCCGGUGGCCCUGCACCCACUGCUGCUGCUGCACCAGCUGAGAAGAAAGUGGAAGCAAAAAAAAAGAAGAAACUGAGGAAUAUCAUCUGA